AAUAUUAAAGGGAACAAUUGAUGAGUAAUCGUACCCUCCCUCUCCAGAAAAGUCGAUCCCUGAACAUGGCGACAUGGCACAUGUGCUCGGAUGCCGGCAACAAUUACCGGUGGUACCCGGACCCCAAACCCGAAGUCAUAAACGGUGUCGUUUAUCGUCCUAGUGAGAGUGAUAGGAGCAGCAGCAGCCGGGUGCCGUCCAUGGGGGAUGUGUUGCUGCAAGGAUGUUCUAAGCUGGCGGAGGCUGAGAUUCGAAAUCAGGUUGUUGAGGGAGGUGGCGUUGGGAUGUUCCGCAACGGAUUCGGAAAGCCCGUCGCCGUCAAACAAUCUUCAUUAGCCAAAGCAUCUUCGUUGCUUCUUGGCUCCCAAAUCGCAACACCCUCAGGCCAAGUGCAAGCUACGAUUAUGAAUAACAGAAGUGGAUGUGGAGGCGGAGGUGCAGGUGGAGGCGGAGGAUGUGUAGGUGGUUUAUCUAAUUCCCUUUUCCACACUGGAUCCGGUAAAAUGGUUAAUAUAUCCCCCGACAGUCUUGUCAGGGCGAAGACAUUGCUUGGAUUCCAAGACGAUGACAAUGCUCCCACCAAGAUUGUGGGUUUUGGUUUUAACAGUGCUGCCCUGGUUGCAGGGACUCCUUUAAUUAUGAAUAAGACUGUUUCACUGCAAACUAGAUUUCAGAAUGAUCCUGAAAGGCUUAAUUUAACUCCUGAUAAAGUUAAACCUUCAUCAAUCAAGUUCCAUACAGCAGGAGGUAGAUCUAUAUCUGUUUCUACUGAUGCAAUACAACGUGCAAGGAGUCUACUUGGUGACCCAGAGUUGGGAAAUUUCUUCAAUGAGGCCAAUGCAGGUGACUUGGGUUUCGCAUUUUCUAAAGGUAGUCCACAUGAUAACCGCACUCCCAUUUCCCACCAGAAGAAGAUUAACAACUUUUUAACCAAUACUUCUCCAUCUCCACUGCAACCAUUGCCUAAUCAAUUGCGGUCGUCUGCUAUAAGUUCGGGUACUAACCUGAUUACUCAAUUCGAUGGUGUUAGCAAUGAAACUGCUUCUAGGUCAAACAGUAAGUUAGCUUAUCGGCAGAAUCCCCUUAGCAAGACCCACAAUACAGUAGAAAACAAUUGUUGGGCAAAUGGUAUUGAUUUGAGGACUAAUCAUGUUGGAAUGCCACCAGCCACGCCAUUGUUUGAUAUUUCAAAUGCUGUUGGCACACCAGCUACGAAUAAUACACAGAUGACUGGUUUAAAGAGGAGGUUGGGAAGAAGUUCUAUUUCUCCAUUCAAGGCUUCUCCAUCUCCACUGCAACCAUUGUCUAAUCAAUUGUGGUCGUCAACUAUAAGUUCGGGUACUAACCUCAUUACCCAAUUCGAUGGUGUUAGCAAUGAAACUGCUUCUAGGUCAAACAGUGAGUUACCUUAUCGGCAGAAUCCCCUUAGCAGGACCCACAAUACAGUAGAAAACAAUUGUUUGGCAAAUGGUAUUGGUUUGAGGACUAAUCAUGCUGGAAAGCCGCCAGCCAAGCCAUUGGUUGAUAUUUCAAAUACUGUUGGCACCACUGCUAUGAAUACUAAACAGAUCACUGGUGUAAAGAGGAGGUUGGGAAGAAGUUCUAUUUCUCCAUUCAAGAAGCCUCGCACAAACUCCUCCACUCCAUUGCCUAGGAAUGUUCCCCUUGUUCCUAAUGGUGUGUCUACAUUGUCCUCUGAUCAUUCAUGUUCCAAAAGAAGGGUUUCUACACGAUAUCCUUCACCCGUGACUAGAAUGUAUGUGAAGAAAUACUUUGGAAUGCCGCGACCUGACCAGAACAUGUUGGAGUGUUUAUCAGAUCCAGUGAGAAGAAUCACCGCAACUAAUGCGGAAAAGUAUACGUUUCUUGAUGAGUCUGGCUUAAACUGCAUAGGAGCAGAAGCUUUUGUCCACAUGCUGGCCUGUUAUGGAGCUUCAAUGCAAUAUACCUCCAGAGAGUGGGUCACAAAUCAUUACAAGUGGGUUGUCUGGAAACUGGCUUGCUAUGAGAGAUAUUAUCCAGCUAAAUCGUUUGGAAAAUUCUUGACAGUCUCCAAUGUACUCGAGGAAUUGAAGUAUAGAUAUGAAAGAGAAGUGAAUCAUGGUCACCGGUCUGCAAUUAAGAAGAUUCUGGAAGGAGAUGCAUCACCUUCUUCACCGGUGGUUCUAUGCAUUUCAGCUAUUUGCUCAAAUUGUGACCCAAAUAUGGAGACUAGCUCUGGAGCUGAAAAUAGUAGUGCUGCGAAAGUCGAGCUUACUGAUGGUUGGUAUUCAGUGGAUGCUGUUCUCGAUGCACUCCUGUCAAAGCAGCUUGCUAGCGGAAAAUUGUUUGUUGGACAGAAGCUUCGGAUCUGGGGAGCAGCACUCAGUGGCUGGGCUGGGCCUGUUUCACCCCUCGAGGUUUCAAGACAAGUCUCUUUACGGCUGCACAUAAACGGAACAUAUAGAGCUCAUUGGGCUGAUCAAUUGGGAUUUUGUAAAGGUGUUUGUGCUCCCUUAGCAUUUAAGUGUGCCAAGAGUGGUGGAGGUCCAGUCCCUUGCACUCUUGUAGGAGUCAAACGGAUAUACCCUGUUCUUUACAAGGAGAGGUUAAGUAAUGGAAGAUCUAUUGUAAGAUCUGAGAGGUUGGAGACCCAAAUGGUGGAAUCACACCAACAGAGGCGCUCUAAUGUUAUAGAAGGCGUUAUCUCUGAGUUCCAAAGAGGAUUAGAACAUUCGCAUUUGUGUAAUGAUAGCGAUGAUGAAGGAGCAAAACUCUUGAAGAUACUACAGACAGCAGCUGAACCUGAAAUUUUAAUGGCAGAAAUGAGUGCAGAACAGUUGAAAUCUUUUACCAAAUAUCAAGCAAAGCUAGAGGCCAUCAAACAGUCGGACAUGGAGAAAUCAAUUCUGAAAGCACUGGAAGAUGCCGGCUUAAGUGAGAGGGAAGUCACGCCAUUCAUGAGAGUGAGGGUGGUUGGACUAACAAGAAAAUUAUACCAAGGGAAAGACUGUUCCAAAGAAGGCUUAAUAACAAUCUGGAACCCAUCUGAGAAACAGAACUCUGAGCUGGUCGAGGGAUGUGCAUAUAGCAUUUCUGGACUUAUACCAACAAGUUCUGAUGGAGAUAUUUUAAAAUUGCUGGCAAGAGGAUCAACAACAAAAUGGCAGCCUUUAUCUCAGCAGGCAAUAAACUACUUCGAGCCAUUUUUCAGUCCUCGCGAAUCAGUCUUAUUGUCAGAUUUGGGUAAAGUUCCUCUCUCCAGCGAAUUUGAUAUUGCUGCAUCCGUUGUGUUUGUGGGAGAGGCUUAUAUAGCUGCUCAGCAGAAGAAACAGUGGGUGUUUGUAACAGACGGCUCCAAAUCUGAAUUAAAGUCGGAAGGAUUAUGUGAUUCUCUACUUGCAAUCUGCUUCUCUUCACCAUACAUUGACAAUGUUUCAAAUGCUCCUAUAAACUAUAACCUCACAGGAUCUACGGUUGGGUUUUGUAAUCUGACCAAGAGAGAAAAGGAUGAAAUGAAUUGCCUUUGGGUAGCUGAAGCUACAGAAAAUUCAGCUUACUUUUUAACUUUUGACAAUCCACGUUGUUCUCAUCUCAAAGAUGCUGCUGCCUCUAGUGAAAGAUGGAAAAGGAUGUCUAUCCUGACUAUCAAUAGGCUAAAGGAGAGGGUUCUAUUUAUUAUUGGGGCAAGUAAAUGAUAGGUGGUGAAAGUAGCUGAUUUCAGUUAUUUGCAGUGUUUUGGUCAUCAACAUCCAAAUCUAAUAGGCACAAGUUUCGUCUGGGAAGUAACUGUUAAAAGCAUGAAUGCUGGGAAGGUUGCACCUAACUUUGUACGCCAUUUUUGAGGUGUUGUUACUCUUGCUCUCAUAUGGUGACCGUUUUCUUGGUGACCAAGACAUUACCCAAAUGGGAUGUGUAUGCGGGACUCGUGAGACAUGAUAUUACGGAUACAAACAUGUAAAUAUUUUUGUGAUGCAAAAGCAUUUUUAAUUAUUUUAAAAGCAUUUCACACGAGCAUUAGCUCAAACAAA